UGCCCGAUCCGGCAGUUUAUGUCAUUUGGUUGACAUCUCAAAUGAGGGGGCGACUUUGAUUGAAGCACCUGAAUUGUCAAGAAACGUCGGUUCUCUCAAAUUUAUUGUUGGCCAACUCAACACGCCAAAAUGAGCGACCGGGAGAUCCCCAGUGUCAUUGAGCGCCCGCUUCCCAACGGCGUCAUCUAUGACAUGUCAACCGUCGGACAAGUGCGCAUUACGCUUCCGGAAUCUUCAACCUGGUCAAGUGGCCUGCAUUGGCAUGAAACUCACGAUGAGUAUUUGAAAGUGGUGAAAGGAACAAUCAAGGUCCGCCUGGGAGAUUCGCGACAAGUUAUUCACGCUACCGAUGGGAUUCAGCCUGAGAUCAAAGUCCCGCGCUACGCAUGGCAUGAAUGGCAGCGAGCAGCACCAGACGGAGAAGAAGUCAUCGUGAUUGAGAGGACAGAGCCGGAUGAUAACGAUAAGGCUAUCUUCUUUUGGAAUCUCAAUGGAGUUAUUCUCAACAGUCCCAAGAUGCUGAAUGAUGAGGCCUCGGUAGUAUCCCGGUUACCUUCUAGGCUGCAAGGGCUGUUUCUUGAUAUUUGGAUUCCUCUGAACCUCUUCAUUAUUUUCCGAAGCCUGGACAAUAUUCCUGUAUUUCUGAAUGCGCCCGAUAUUUCGCGAAUAUCUGAUAAUAGAGUGAGGGGACCGUUACAAUUUAUCGAUAGAGUGGUGUCGUACCUCAUUCUGUUCGCUGCAUCAUUGGUUGGACAGGCUCUUGGUGUACAGCCAGUUCGGCGGCAAUACACGCCUGAUUAUGCCUAUGCGGCAUGGCAAUUGCGACGAGAUGGUUCCAAGAAGAGAGUCGCAUGAUUGGCAAGCGGUGUUGAUGGCGCCGGCUUUCAAUCGAGCCUGGAUUCAACGAGACGUCGAGAACUAGAGGCUUCUGAGAU